AUGCCCCUCCCCGAUUUCACCUCCCCCACCCUCUUCCCCUCCUUCCUCUCCCUCCCCAUCGACACCGAACCACCCCCAGAAUCUUCCUCAGAAACCUUCCUCCUCGCCCAAAUCCUCGAAAACAUGACCCUCACCAAACCAACCCUCAUCUGCACCGACGUCCACCCCUCAUCACCUACCACAAACAACACCAACAAUACCCCACAACAACAACCUAUAUCUCCCAGCAACCGCUUCGCAAUCGUCUUUCCCUCCCGCCCCGGUUCCGGGCCGGAUACCCUCGAUUUCCGUCGGUUGGGGUAUAAAAAGGGUUCGACGCUUGUUAUACGCGGUGCGAGGAGACGAGUUCGUGGUGGCGAUGCUGGUGCGUCAGCUUCCACGGCGGUGUCGGAAGAGGAGUUACCAGGCUCGAACAGCCAGCCGGGCGGGGGCUCAGGUUCAGGCCGUGAGGUUGGGUUUGUCGCUGUGGAGAGGGCUGAUGAGGGAUUGGUGAGUGUGGUGCCUACGGGCGUGGGGAAGGUACGGGAAUUGGGGGUGUGGUUGAGGGAGAGGGAUGAGAAGAGGUUGCAGCAAGGGGGAGGUGAGGAAGGAGUGGUUUUUGGGUGUGAGACGUGUGGGCGGAUGGAGGGGACGUUGUUGAAGAAGUGUACGGGGUGUGGGGAGGUGGCGUAUUGUGGGAAGGAAUGCCAGCUUAGAGGAUGGGACGAGGGCGGACAUAAGGGUGAUUGCAAGGCUAUCAAAGCCAUCCGUGCCAUCUGGCCUUGA